AUGUCGGUAAAAGAAGAAGCAGAAAAUUGUACAAAUGAAGAUUCUGGAAGGGAACGAACAUGGUUUCAAGAUCUACGUCAUGUUGAAAAAAUAGUUGGUGUUAGGGACGAAAUGAUUGAACGAGAAUUAUGGCGUAAAACAAAUCAGAAUCAAAAAAUAAAAACAGUUGGUGUUGGAUUGGUUUUUUGUCUUAAUAUUGGAGUGGAACCGCCUGGAGUUAAGAAACCACCUGUAUGCGCGAAAUUGGAAUGUUGGGUUGAUCCACACGAUCUGCCGCCUCCAAGAUCGGUUUCCAGGAUCUCGCAGCUUGCUGCAAAAAGUUACGAGAAGCUUCAACCGCGUGCAAGGUAUAAAUUCGCAAAUGAUCCAGGUGCGGAAGAUGUUCGACGCCUUUGCACAACGUUAAGGCGUCAUGCUCGCGGAGAGAGGGUUCUCUUUCAUUACAAUGGUCACGGUGUGCCUGCACCUUCUGAGAAUGGUGAAAUUUGGUUAUUCAAUAGUAGUUACACUCAAUAUAUUCCAUAUUCAAUAUUUGAUUUACAACAUAAUAUGAAAGAUCCAUCUAUCUAUGUUUGGGAUUGCAAUUCUGCUGGGACAAUCGUUCGUUCCUUUUCGCGUUUCGCAGACGAUCAAAUUAGAGAAUGGGUCAAAAAGUUAGAUGCUCAUAUGGAAAAAAGUAAAGAACCUUUACCUAUAAUACAAGCAGAUAUGGAUCUUGAUGAGAAAGCAGAAGCAUUUCAUUUUGAGAAGCGACCCAAUUUCAAGGCAUUUUAUUUGUCAUUUAUAAAUUAUAGUGAGGUACUGCCAAUGGAUCCCGAUCUACCAGCUGAUAUGUUUACAUCGUGUUUACUUACCCCUAUUCAAAUGUCCGUUCUGUGGUAUAUAUUAAAAAAUGAAGCACAAGACCGUUUCCCACCAUCCACCGUUUAUAACAUUCCGGGUCAGCUAAACGAUCGAAGAACUCUUCUUGGAGAACUUAAUUGGAUUUUUACAGCAAUCACGGAUACAAUUGCUUGGAGUUCUUUGGGAAGCGAGCUUUUUCAGACUUUAUUCCGAAUGGAUCUAUUAGUAGCAUCAUUGUUCCGUAGUUUUUUGCUGGCUCAACGUCUAAUGCGUUUUAAAGAAUGUCAUCCAGUGUCCAAACCUGAAUUACCUUUGGUGUUUAAUCAUCCGUUAUGGAGUGCAUGGGAUUAUACUUUGGAUUUUUGUUUGAAUCAAAUCCAGGAAAGCCAUUUACUGUCGCAUCCAAAAAUUUGGGCACUUACCAAAGAAUUGUUCCUUGUUCGAUCAUCUUUGCCUUAUAACAUGUUGAUCGAUCGAACAUACGAAACUGGCCGAGAACUAACUUCAUAUACGCAAAACUCUUUUUUCAUUGAUCAGUUGAAAGCAUUUGAAAUUUGGUUAAAAUAUGACGGUGAAACAAAACGACCACCUCAGCAGCUUCCAGUCUUGUUGCAAAUGCUUCUUAGCCAAGUUUUCCGACAAAGAGCGUUAGAAUUGUUGGCACGUUUUGUGGAUCUGGGAACAUGGGCUGUUGGACAUGCCUUAUCUGUUGGCAUAUUUCCUUAUGUUUUGAAACUUUUACAAAGCGCAACCAAAGAAUUAAAACCUUGGCUGGCAUUUAUCUGGGCAAAAAUCCUCGCAGUUGAGCCAAAUUGUCAGCAGGAUCUAAUUAAAGAAAAAGAAGCUAGUUAUUUGUUCUUUAUUCAAAUGUUAAAUGAUCCGAGCAUCGACCCACGCCAGAAAAUUGUUCCAGCUUUUGUUACAGCUGCAUUAAUUGAAAAUAAUUUCAAACCCGCUCAAGAAUUAUUGACCAAUCAUAAAUACGUCACAUUAUGCAUGGAGCUAUUAUCUGAUAAUAGUCUUUGCCAAUGUCGAAUGUUGCGAUUAUGGCUUCUAAUAGGCUUAGGACGUCUAUGGGCUGAUCAUGAUCCAGCAAGAUGGCAGUCGAUUCGUUUAGUCGCUUAUGAAACGGUGCUGGAAUUCUUGGACGAUAAAGUUCCCGAGGUAAGAGCUGCAGCUAUCAAUGCUCUUGGGUAUCUUGUAAAGAAUCGCUCAGAAUAUAACGAGCACGCAACUACGAUUGAUCACUAUAUAUGUGAUAGAUUAUCAACGAAAUGUACAUUCGAUGGUGCAGUAUUAGUGCGUGCAGAAUUGGUUGUCGCGCUCCAAUGGUUUAUUAUUGAUUUCGAAAAUCGUUUCGCUAAUUUAGUAAUGGAUCUGAUCGAGAAAACUGAAACAAAUUUAGAUUCUUCCUCACGAAGAAAAUUAUCAGCUUGUGAGCAUGAAUCCGAUGGUCUAAUUUCGAUUAUGGAAGGUGAAACAUCGCAGUAUGAUAGUGAACGAUCAGAUUGCAGGUCCAGUUUUAAUGCAGUGUCUUCGUCAUUGAGGUUGCAUCGUCAAAAAAAUGCCUCAUUAUCGUCAUAUUUCAGUCCGAGAAGAUCAAGUUCGAUGAAUUUUGACUCUUCUUCUGUCCACUCUAAAUCGCAUGGUGAGGAAACUGUGCUCCGAGAAUUCAAUACAAAUGUUCGUCCAAUUUCAGCCAAUAAGAGAUCAACUAAAGAAGAAAAUUUCAAAUCGCGAGUUUUGGAGCAAAUUCAGUUUAUCGAAUCAAAAACAUUCAGAGAUCAGUCCGAAAGGAUCUGGCUUUCUUUACUGAGGUUAUCGUUAGAUCCUGUUCCGAAAAUAGCCGCCAUGGCACAGGUUCUCAUCGCACAUGUCGAAAAACUUGCCCAUACGAAGCAUGAAAGGAAGCGCAAAUUGAGUUAUGUGGAAAAAACGAUCGCAAAUAAGGAAAGUGAAAAUGAAAAUGUAACUACAACUCCUUCACUGGUAACAUUUACCGUUGGAUCUCCAAACGAAUGUUCACAAGUAGAUUCACCUGCCAGUAUGCAAAAAAGUGAUUCUACUAGGAAAACAUCUGUGCCUGAAUUCAGUCGUAAAAUGCAUUUAUCGGUGAAAUCAGAUACAGCUGUUUUGCCCAUAUUCCAUCAGUCAAAUAACUUUACGCCUAAGCGAAAUAUGUUCACACCAACAAUAACAAGUUUAAACAAAUUAGCAGAUGAGAAUCCAAAACUUCCUUCGCAUGCUCUUGUUUCUACUGAAUUUGUUGCAUGGUGUUCAGCUAGAUUCACUGAACCCAUUCUUGAUAUGCUGCAAGGAGUUGCUGGUGAUGGCUUGACCGACCGAAUUGCGACCAGUGUUAUGCCUAGUGAUUGGGCAUUACAUACUGUUGAAGGUCUAGAACAAACUGCAAAACAGCAAAUUGAGGCCCUCAACGAAGCAAAAGUAGGCUGCGAUCGCCAGAUAUUCUGUAUGAAAAAUUGCAAAGAUGUGAAAACUGUUGUUUGGAGUCAUCUGAGACCCCAUUUAUAUUCUUGCGACGGACGAUAUGUUAACAUUUUGAGAUUUGAGUCACAGAAUGCUCAAAUCGUUCGGCGAUUCGAUUCAUUCAGCGGGAAUUCAUUUGUAGAUGAUGUUGUUUGUGAUUUACAUAUUAUUAAUGGUAUGACUCGUGAACUUCUCUUAGUUGCUAGUGAUGAUGGUUUAAUACGAGUUUGGGAUCCAUGUUAUUCAAUCCAUUCACAUGAUUUUGAGGGUGAUGGUCAUAUGAUAACUGCUGCUUUUCUUUUAAAAGAUUUAUCCAAUUUGGGGACAAGUAGUCGUGCGGUUUAUGAAUGGAAUCAAGGAUCUGGUACCAUAUUAGCAUCUGGUAAUAUUCGGUUUUGUCGGCUUUGGGAUGUGCAUGCUGAAAUGACUAUACAAGAUAUAUCUAUUGGAAUGAAAAAUUGUUGUGCAACAAAAUUAUUCUGUGACGAAAUGUGUAGAGAAAUCGUGGCCGUGGGUCUUGAUAAUGGCUCUAUUAUGCUGUUCGAUCCUCGAGUGGAAUCAGCAUCGCAGAAGAUUAUGCAUAUCACGGAACUAAUUGAUCCAGUUGUUGGUUUAAGUUUAGUACCAAAUCUUUCUGAUGUUUCUGUUUCCAGUAUGCAUUUGCUUGCUGGGUCUUUUGAUGGUGAAGUAAGACUCUGGGAUCCCCGUGUAUUUAAGGAUUCUUUAUGGCGCCUCAAUAUUAAUCAGUCGAAAAAUGAUCGACUGCCACAGCUUGUUAAAAUGGAUGUACAAAGGCACGCAAAGAUUUUUGCAUGUGCCACGAGUUCAUUGUCAUUGAAAUUUUAUGAUAUAUUUGGUAAAAAAAUCAAUGAAAUACAAUAUGGGCAAUCCAUAACAAAUGGGCGUAAAAUUGGUGUACCAACUGCACUACGAUUUCAUCACUUAUUAGCUUCCGUCGCCAUUGCAGCACGAGAGCGUUUAAUCGCUGCAUAUGGAGUACCUUUGUCUAUUUAA